UUCCCUCUUUUAUUACAGUUUAUUAUGCUGACAUACAUCUUUAUGUUGGCUUGGCUUGGAGUUACAGCCUUCACUUCUCUGCCUGUUUACAUGUACUUCAAUCUAUGGACCAUUUGCCGAAAUGCCACCUUAGUGGAUGGAACUAAUCUCUGCUUGGAUCUUCGCCAGUAUGGUAUUGUAACAAUUGGAGAGGAAAAGAAGGUUUGUACUACAUCAGAAAGUUUCAUCAAGAUGUGUGACUCAAAUGAGCUAAACAUGACAUUCCACUUGUUCAUUGUGGCACUCGCUGGAGCAGGAGCAGCAGUCAUUGCUAUGGUAAGCUCCCCAACACCAUUUUUGUUGGGACCUGUCUUGUUAAAUGACUUAAUUGAUGACCUGGACAACGGGAUUGAGUACACCCUCAGAUGCUUUGAGUGUUGCAUCAAAUGCCUGGGAGGCAUUCCCUAUGCAUCUUUGAUUGCUACCAUACUGCUGUAUGCUGGUGUUGCACUGUUCUGUGGUUGUGGACAUGAAGCACUUUCAGGAACUGUCAACAUUCUGCAAACCUACUUUGAGAUGACAAGAGCUGCAGGAGAUGUUAUUGAUGUCUUCACUAUGAUUGACAUCUUCAAGUACGUGAUAUAUGGUGUAGCAGCUGCAUUCUUUGUAUAUGGCAUUUUGCUGAUGGUGGAGGGAUUCUUUACAACUGGUGCCAUCAAAGAUCUCUAUGGGGAUUUCAAAAUCACCACUUGUGGCAGAUGUGUCAGUGCCUGGACUUCAAACUUUGUCAGAGAUCGUGCUGAUGUUCCAUUUUACUUCACUAAGCUUGCUGCUAUUUCUGAACAAUUUUAA